AUGGUGGAUUAUCCAUACCCAACAGAAUUCCUAAUGCCAUUGCCUGCUUACCCUAUAAAAGAGGUUUGCAAAGAGAUAGACAAUUCCCCUGAUGAUGGGAGUGGGAGUAGUAGUGUUUUGGAGCGAAUCUUUAAAGGUGUGAGUGUGUAUUACAAUUACACCGGAAAAGCCGAUUGCUUUGAAUUGGAUGAUGAUCCUCAUGGCAUGAAUGGUUGGAAUUGGCAGGCAUGCACGGAAAUGGUGAUGCCGAUGUCUAGUGACAGAGACUCGAGCAUGUUUCCGGAAUGGGAAUAUAAUUCCACUUCUUAUGCCGAGGAUUGUUGGAAUCAAUUCCGGGUCAUUCCUAGGCCCACUUGGAUUACCACGGAAUUCGGUGGACAUGAUUACAAAUCUGUGUUGAAAAAAUUUGGAAGCAACAUCAUCUUCUCAAAUGGUCUCUUGGAUCCUUGGAGCGGUGGCAGUGUUUUGGAAAACGUGUCAGAGAGCGUAGUUGCUCUUGUGACAGAAAAAGGUGCACAUCAUUUGGAUCUACGUGCAGCCACAGGCGAUGAUCCUGAUUGGUUGGUGAAGCAAAGGGAGUCUGAAGUUGAAAUCAUUCAGGGUUGGAUCAAUGAUUAUUACGACAAAAAGAAAGCCGUUUUUAACAUGUGGUCAAUAAUUGGAUUCAAUAUUGGGGUUUAA